GGAAAAGGAUGAGCUCGCGUGCUGAUGACGACCUCGCCUAACCUCUGAGUGACACUGUGCAAAUCUGCAAAAAAAAAGUUCUGUCGCGGUUCCUCCACGUGCUCCCAAAUCUGAACCGCUGGCUCCUGCCCGCUCGUGGUUCGGUGAACUUCUGACGAGCUGGUGUGCAAGUAAGUUAGCGUACUAAGUUAGCUUAGCCUGGCUUAACUUGUUACCCGGGAGAGUUUCCCGACACCCGACACAGUCGGAGCUCCCACCACGCCUUCGAGGAAAGAAGCCAUGUUUCGCCUCCUGAGUCGCCAAGGCCGGAGGCGUCUGAGCAUCUCGCCGGGGCAGCGGCGUGACGCGCACCACCGGGCCGUCAUAGCCAUCCGGCGGGAGGACAUCAAUCCGUGGGAGCGCCGGGCGCCGCUCGCGCCUCGCCACGUCCGCGAACUCACCCACGACGGAAUCAAAGUCCUCGUGCAGCCGUCCAACCGCAGGGCCAUCCACGAAAAGUACUACACCAAAGCGGGCGCCAUCAUCCAGGAAGACAUCUCGGAGGCGUCGCUUAUCCUCGGCGUGAAGCGGCCGCCCGAGGAGAAGGUGAUCCCCAAGAAGACCUACGCCUUCUUCUCGCACACCAUCAAGGCGCAGGAGGCCAACAUGGCGUUGCUGGACGACCUACUCAAGAAGGAAGUUCGUCUGAUCGACUACGAGAAGAUGGUGGACGCAAACGGCUUUCGCAUCGUGGCGUUCGGCCAGUGGGCCGGCGUGGCAGGCAUGAUCAAUAUUUUACACGGUUUGGGUCUUCGCUUCCUGGCGCUGGGCCACAACACCCCCUUCAUGCACAUAGGCAUGGCGCACAACUACCGCAACGUCUCGCAGGCCAUCCAAGCCGUGCGGGAUUGCGGCUACGAGAUCUCCAUGGGCCUCAUGCCCAAGUCCAUCGGUCCCGUCACCUUCUGCUUCACCGGAACCGGCAACGUCUCCAAGGGAGCGCAGGACAUCAUCAACGAGCUUCCCGUGGAGUACGUUGAGCCUCACGAGCUGAAGGAUGUCUGCGAAACCGGAGAUAUGACCAAGGUGUACGCCACCGUGUUGAGUCGUCACCACCACCUGAUGAGGAAGAGCGACGGGAUCUACGAUCCCAUGGAGUACGAGAACCACCCGGAACUCUACACCUCAAACUUCAGAACCAGCGUGGCGCCGUACACCAACUGCCUGAUCAACGGCAUCUACUGGGACCCUCAGACGCCGAGACUCCUGCGCCGGCUGGAUGCCCAGCAGCUGCUCAGACCCAGGAGCAACGGCGCCACCAGCGAGGGCAUGCCGGAACUGCCGCACAAGCUGCUGGCCAUCUGCGACAUAUCGGCCGACGCGGGCGGCUCCAUCCAGUUCAUGAACGACUGCACCACCAUCGACAAACCCUUCUGCAUGUACGACGCCGACCAGCACAUUGAUCACGACAGCGUGGAGGGCCACGGCAUCCUGAUGUGCUCCAUCGACAACCUUCCGGCUCAGCUGCCCAUCGAGGCCACCGAGUAUUUUGGCGACCGCCUCUUUCCGUACAUCUGGGAAAUGCUGCCCUCAGACGCCAGCAGACCUCUGGAUCAGGAGGACUUCAGUCCGCAAGUCCGCGACGCGGUGAUCACCUCCAACGGAGUCCUGACGCCAAAGUUCGAGUACAUCGAGAAGCUUCGAGAGCGGCGGGAGAAAUCGCAGAUCCUACAGAAAAGCGGCAUGAAGCGAGUUCUGUUGCUCGGGAGCGGCUACGUCACCGGACCCGUCGUGGAGUACCUGACCCGCUGCGAUAAGACGCAACUCACCGUGGCAUCCGUGUGCAUGAAGCAGGCGCAGGAUCUGGCAGCCAAAUACCCGAACACCAUCCCCGUCAUGCUGGACGUCAGCAGCCAGGAGGCGCACCUCAUCUCGCUCAUACAAGACCACGACCUCGUCAUCAGUCUGCUUCCCAAUGCCCUCCAUCCCCUGGUGGCAAAACAUUGCAUCGACAAGAAGGUCAACAUGGUCAACGCUAGCUACCUUAGCCCGGCCAUGAGCGACCUGCACGCCAGGGCGGAGGAGGCGGGUGUGAUCCUGGUCAACGAGAUGGGAUUGGAUCCCGGCAUCGAUCACAUGCUGGCCAUGGAGUGCAUCGAUCAGGCCAAAGCCGACGGAUGCGCCGUGGAGUCGUACGUGUCGUACUGCGGCGGACUACCGGCUCCCGAGUGCUCUGACAAUCCUCUGCGCUACAAGUUCAGCUGGAGUCCUUCCGGCGUUCUCCUGGCCUCCAUCAGUCCCGCCACCUUCCGCCGCGACAACCAGGUGGUGACCAUCCCCGGAGGCGGCGGUCUGAUGGACGCCGUGGCCCCCAUGGAUUUUUUUCCGGGCUUCAACUUUGAAGGUUAUCCCAACCGCGACAGCACCAAGUACGCCAAACUCUACGACAUCCCCGACGUGCACACGCUGCUCCGAGGAACGCUGCGAUACAAGGGUUUCUCCAGGGCCAUGCGCGGUUUUGUCAAAGUGGGUCUGAUCAACGGCGAGCCGUGUCCCCUGCUGGCCAGCACGUCCUCUCCCGUCACGUGGAAAGCUCUGCUGACUCACGUGAUGGGCUUGCCCGCCUCCACCUCUCAGCAAGAGUUGGAGGCCGCCGUGUACGAGCGCGUCGAUGGCGACGAUCGCUCCAUGGACUCUCUCAGAUGGUUCGACAUGUUGAGCGACGACGUGGUUCCUCACGCCGACAGCGUUCUCACUGCGCUCAGCAGACAUCUGGAAGCCAAACUCUCCUACGGCAGCGGCGAGCGCGACAUGAUCGUGCUGCGCAGCGACUUUGGCCUGCGCCACCCGACGGGCGAGCUGGAGAACAAACGCGUCAGUUUGGUGGUGUACGGCGAGGACGGACGAUUCUCCGCCAUGGCCAAGAGCGUGGGCUACCCGGUCGCCGUCGCCGCCCGCAUGCUCCUCGACGGCGAGAUCACUUCCAAGGGCAUCGUGCUGCCCAUGAGCAAGGAGAUCUACGCGCCGGCCUUGAAACGCCUCAAGGACGAAGGCCUCAACAUCGUGGCCAGCAGCACCCUGCUAGAAUCCUCCUGAGGACGUCACCUGCCCGCCCGCCCGCCCCUGUUUGCUACUUUUCCGUCUGACCCAAAUUUCUUUUUCGCGGUGGGCUCGGCGCACCCCCAA